UUCACUUUUAAUUCACGCAACUACUCACUCAACCAACACUCUCUCUCCUUUCACUUUAUUAAAACAAAAACAAAAAGUCAAAUAUUAUCCAAUUCUCUCAGAACUACGGAGAUGGACGGCCUGAUCAAGGGCUUAAUGGACGUGGCUCUUGGCGGCCACGACGACAAAGACGAUGAUGCUUCCAACUCACAAUCUCGAGAUGAACGGUCCAGAUCCAGCUGGGCUCAAGUGGUAUCCGGGGAUCAGGAUAACGAUGAUCUAGUGCGGCUUGGUUCUCGUCCCACAAAUCGGUGGGAAAAUCAGAGUGAUGGAAUCCAAGAGGAAUGGAAUUUAAAACCUUCAAGGCGAUCCACGAAGGAAGUUCAUGAAGGCUAUGAAAGAAAUGAAGGUCAUGAGCAACAUGAUUAUGACCCAAACCAGUGCGUUAGAAAGAUUUUCAUCAAGGAUGAAGGGGAAAAUAGUAAUGAUGGUUGGGAGACUGUUGGCAAAAAGCAUCGCAAGCGGCCACAUAAGAUUCAAAAGGAACAAUGGCAUGGAUACAAAAGACCUCCUAGUGAACAAGAAUACUCAGAUGACGUUGAAGAUGGUAUAGAUUUAGUACCAUCACAAGAGGAGCUUUCUGACUUGUCCCAAGCUUGCAACAGGCUCUGGCAACUUGACAUAAACCGGCUGGUGCCUGGCAAGGACUAUCAGAUUGAUUGUGGUGAUGGCAAGAAAGUCUAUGAAAAGGAAGAUAUGGCACAAGGAAGCCUAUUUAGCUGGCUAAAUGAAGAAAUUUUUAGGAAGCCUACUUUUUCUCGCUUUUGUUCUCUGCUUGAUAAUUAUAACCCAAACGAAGGAUGCAAAGAAGUUAUCACUUCUGAAGAAAGGCAAGAGCAAGCUGCUUUUAUAGAAGAAAUCAGCAGAACUGCACCAAUUAAAUAUCUUCAUAAAUAUCUUGCUUCCAGAGCCAUUGUGUCCGACAAUUAUCAGGAUUUUAAAAGAACAUUGACAAGUCUCUGGUUUGAUCUAUAUGGUCGAGGUGGUACUUCUGGUUCCUCUUCUGCUUUUGAACAUGUCUUUGUUGGGGAAAUUAAGAAACGUGGGGAACAAGAAGUUUCUGGCUUCCACAAUUGGCUCCAGUUUUACCUUGAAGAAGCAAAAGGGACAGUUGAUUACCAAGGUUAUAUUUUCCCCCGGCGACAUGGGCAGACACCCGACUCUGAAACCCAGUUGCUUACUGUUCAGUUUGAAUGGAAUGGAAUUCUCAAAUCUGUAUCAAGCAUUUUAGUUGGCGUGAGCCCAGAGUUUGAAGUUGCACUAUACACCCUCUGUUUCUAUAUGGGCGGAGAGGACAACCAUGUGGAGCUAGGUCCAUACCCUGUUAACAUCAAGUGCUACCGUCUUCGAGAUUGCAUUGGGUCUGUGUUCCCUAUAGCAGAGUGUUGAGUUUUACAUUUUUUUUUUUUAGCAGCUUUCUUGAUAGAUAUGGAAGACUGCAAAUGUUCUUGAGAACUUAUAGCAAAUUUAUGAUUUAUAUCCUCUUUAUAAAAGUCAGCACUGGCUACUAUGAUGUAAUGAAACAUAAAAUAAACUGUCAUCUACAUUUUAUUUAUGAUGUUGGUAUUAUCUACCUGAUGCUGUAGAGUACCAGCAAUGCAGCUAUAUCGGAUUAUUUUUGCA